CCUCUAAUAUGUGACUGAGUCGGGGUGUUCUGUUUAUUCUUCUCUCAAAGAUAAGAUGGAGCUCUACAAAACCGGUUUGGCUUCCUGAAAAUCUUUCUGCAACUCGCAGCUGAUAAGCUGAAGUUGCCACUUGUGACCUGACAAAGAAACGAAUCUCUGAUGCGCCUGCUCUCAGACGCCUCCAGCUCCUCUGCAUCGAUUUUCAAGAGUGGAGUCAGCAGCUGAAGCUGAAGAACCAGAAACACUAGACUGACUGCAAAACCUGCAAGAAUGAACUCAGGGAGGAGCUCGUGAAAAUAAUCUCAGCACAAACAAAGAGUGCCUGUGAGGAGUAUUUAAGUCUCUGUAGGCUGAAUGUGCACUACACAGUACAAGCUGCAUCUGUGAGGAUCGGGGCUCCCAGCAUGUCCACCCAAACAGUGACAAACAUGGCCUCGGUACCAUUGGAGAAUCAGUUCCGGUGCUGCAUCUGCCUGGACACCUACACCGAUCCCGUCUCCAUCCCGUGUGGACACAACUUCUGCCUGGAUUGCAUCGAAGGCUACUGGGACACGAAGGACAGGUCGGAGUGUCCGCUUUGCAAAGAGACGUUCAAAGAGCGACCGGAGCUGAGGAUCAACCGAGCUUUUUCCGACAUGAUUGAAUUCUUCAAAAGGUCUCUGUCGCCCACACUGAUGCAAGGGGAGGACGUCGAGCCGGCACACCAGCUAUGUGACCGUGAAGACGUUCCCUGUGACGUCUGCCACGGGAACAAGGCGCCGUCGGUGAAGUCGUGUCUGGUGUGUCAGGCGUCUUACUGUGAGAUUCACCUCGUGCCUCACCAGAGAGAUCCAGCGCUGCAGAGACACCGUCUCACAGAUCCGGCCAUCUUCAACACCAGCCACCUGUGCAGAAAGCACAACAAGCCCCUGACGAUGUUCUGCAAACAGGAUCACACACCUGUGUGCUCCAAAUGCACAGAGGGCGACCACGAGCACCACAAGAUUGUCCCCAUGGAGAAGGAGAGCAGGAGGGUGAAGAUGAAUCUGAGGGAGACAAAGUCCGACAUCCAACAGAUGAUCCAGGCCAGGCUGAAAAAAAUGGAAGACAUCAAAAGUUCAGUGGAUCUAAGCAAAAGGGCCACAGAGAGAGAGAUCCAGAGCAGUUCUCAGGUCUGCAGCACGCUGAUAACCGCCAUCGAGAGGCAGCAGGCCAAGCUCGCCAAGGAUCUCGAGGAGAGGCAGCUGGAAGCCGAGAGGAAAGCUGAGGAGCUGCUCGAAGAGCUGGAGAAGGAAAUCCACGAACUGCAGACGAGGAGCAGCGAGCUGCAGCACCUGGAGCUCACGCGGAGCUCGCUCCACCUCCUACAGAGUUUCCCGUCUCUGAGCAGGCUCCCGGCCACCAGAGAGUGGUCAGAGGUGGCAGUGCACUCCGAUAACUCCGCGGGGAUGGUCAGGAGAGCCGUUUCUAUGCUGGGGGACAUGUGCCAGGAAGUUGCAAACAAACUCUCAGCAGAGGAAGUGGACAAGAUAAGUGCAUAUGCAGUCAAUGUGACCCUGGAUCCUGAGACGGCUUCAGGCUGGCUGGUCCUGUCCCCAAAUAAAAAGAAGGUGAGCCUCGCCAGCCAGAAGAAGAAGACUCCUCUCCCAGACAGUCCCCAGCGGUUUGACUCCUGCGUCUGCAUUUUGGGGAAACAAAGCUUCACAUCUGGAAGACGCUACUGGGUAGUUCAGGUUGGGGAUAAAACAGACUGGGAUCUUGGUGUGGCCCAGGAGUCCAUCAACAGGAAAGGUGCCAUCACAGUUCGCCCUGAAAAUGGUUACUGGGCCAUCUGCCGGCGAAAAGGUGGCAGUCUGAGCGCCUGCGCCGGACCCUCGAUCACCCUCAACCUUCACGAAAUCCCCAAGAAAGUCAGCAUAUUCCUGGACUAUGAGGAAGGGUCGGUGUCCUUCUAUGACGCAGAGGCAAAGACUCACAUUUAUACUUACAGCGGGUGCAGCUUCAGUGAGCCUCUCUACCCGUAUUUCAACCCCUGUGUUCAAAACAACGGGAGAAACGUGGCCCCGCUGGUUAUCUGUCCUCUUGAGGGAGGUGUCAGGGAAGAACAGGACACAGGCAUCGAUUUAACUGUAUGAUGUGAUGCUAAGUAAUAUUUUAGUUCUUAUUCUGAACCAUUUUUGGGUUAAACAAGUGCUUCCCCUAGAUGAUUAAAAUGGUUGUUCCUACAGAAACCACAUAUCACAUGUCUGCAUUAGCAGGCAGUCCAGCUGGAAGAGGCACUAACACUGUAGUUUGAGUCUCACGCAGGAGUUUUUGUUCCACAGGUGAUGUGGACAGUGUGCACAAUGUUAUUAAGCAACCCUGCCACUGGCUAAGAUAGCAAGUUACUUCUGUUUGAGUGUGCAAACCCUAGCAUGCAAAAACCUGUACACCCUGUAAGAUGGGAGUAAGUUUUGCUCUCUCUGUCAUGAAGUGUGUGCAAAGCGGGUUUUUAACUUUUAUUAUUCAAAUCUUUAAAAUACUACUAGACUAUUAUUUACUAUACUUGAGAUGCAAACGUUGAAACUGAAAAUAAAUUCUAGUUUUUUGAAAAAAAAAGAAGAAAAACAAAGAAAACUCAAAUAUAUGAAGCGUUUUUGUGUCCUGUUAUUUUGAAGGAAGCUGGUCUGUUGUAUAUUUUAAUGUGAGGUCUAAAUAAGCUGCACCUCACCAUUAUAUUCAUUCACACGCAUCAGGCUUCACAUAGAGGAGAAAUCCAGCUUUAAUGUUUGAACAUUAAGGCCUUAAAUUAGUAUUUGUGUAUUUUUUUCAGACUCUGGGAAUAUGUUCUAUGUCAUCAGACAGAUUUGUCAGAAUAUAGGUUUUCAUUUUUGGUUUGUUCUAAGGCAUAAAACUUUUAAAACUC